GGUUGUUCAGUACGGCGGCACACGCGGCGUAUACGUAACGUGGAAAAGGACAGGAUUCUUUCGUGAGUCGAGUGAAGGUGCACGGCCACGAUUUGCGAAACAUGGUGGCCCCUGAGUAGUUGUUGAUCAAUUAGAACCCCUCACCACCCAACCGACUCACCUGUUUUUCGGGUCAAAGUUGUUUGAUUUCGUGCAAAAACAGUUGGCGUAAACAAAACGUGUCCAAGCACUGGAAGAGUCAUCUAUCGCUCUGCCUGGAAAUUGCGUCAGGCUCACGCAGCUUCCAUUAUGGUUUCGUGGGAAACUGGCCAAGCUGCUCUGCGACAUUCACCGUUCUGAGUUGGCCCCAAGUGCACGUGGGCCAGCUUUCAGUUUCGGUGCCAUUUUCACCCCAAGUGCCAGGAGCAGACUUGGAGUUAGCCAUAAAUAAACCCAUAAGGCAGCUUGUAAUCAGCCAGCCAAUUUAGCCGAGCCCCAAAGUGAGUGUCGAGCCCUGUGAUUCGCCUUUUGUGAAACUUUCUACCGUGUAAUUGAAAUUAAUGAUCAUUGUGCGGUUGACUCUGUAAUUCCGGUUUCGCUGUUCGAAAAUAAACGUAAUGCCUUGCAUUGAAUUAUAAAGGAACCCCGACACUUUGCUUUAUUAAAGUGUCACUCUAUAGGGACAAAAAUAUCACUCAAAGUUUGGCCGAAUUCAUCUCAGAAAUUGAUGUGUGUCAGCCAGGUGUGAAAUAUUGUCCAGGGAAAAGCCAAUGUUCUCCUUCGAGAAUCAAAAUGCAAAAUUGAUUGCAGCGCAUUACGAGAUAUUUAAGGAACAGAAAACAGCAUGCGAAGGAAAAAGAAAAGUGAAAUGAAAGCGGCAAGAAACCAAACUCGACUCUAGUGCCAAUUGUGCCGUGCGAAAUGCAAAAUGCGAAAUGCUCCUAGUGCCGUGUUGUUCGUGUCCAUGUUGUGAUUACAUAAUGAGACGCUGCUGAAAGUCAAAGUCAAAGGAGAAGCAGUCCCAGUGGCCGAGCCAAGGGCCAAGUGUGUGAAAGCCAGCCAGCAAUAUCUCAACGCGCCGCGAGAAACCAAGCCGAAGUAAGGGAGGCCAGAAGGACGAGCAUCCUUAUUCACCCGCAGGACUCCGAGGAGCGAGAGCAGCCGGAGGAUGCCCUUCGGCCGCAAGUCCCCGCUGGAGGCCCUCGCCCUCCCCGGCGUCAUGCUCGCCUACAAGUACAGCCAGUUCCGCCAGCGCCGCCGGGAAGCCGCCAGCCGACGGGUCACCGAGCGCGAACUCUCGGCGCUGCACCAUAAAAUCGACAAGCUGCUGAGCAAACUGGAAGAGGAGAGCGAGCCGGACCCGCCCACGUCGCAGGAGGACGAGUGUGUGAUCUGCAUCAAUGCGCGGGCCACCAUGCAGACCUCUCCAUGUGGCCACCGCGUCGUCUGCCGGCGGUGCUUCGUGAAGACGAUCCAGAGCGCGGUGGCCCAGCGGCUGCUGCCCCUGCGCUGCGUGAUCUGCCGGGCGCGGGUGAACCGGCUGACCUCGUCCUCGGGCACCUGGCGCAUCCAGGAGUCGGCCAGCAGCUACUCGAUGGGCGCCAAGAGCUGGGCCUCCGCCGGAGUGGCCGCCGGCGGGGUGGUGCCCUCGGCCAGCUCCUACUCGAUGAACGACGCGCACAGCGGGCACCACUCGUUCCACCAGCCCACGCUGCACAAGUCGGCGGUGGGGCGGCACCAUCCGCACCACCCGCCUCACUACGCCCCGCGCCCAGGAUCGGCCCAUGCCCGCGUGUCCCAGUCGGACAGCCUGUACUCGAUGAGCUCGACGGGAUCGGCGGCCUCGUCGGCCUCCGGCUACUCUCACUACUCGAAGACGUCUUCCAUAUCGAGCAACGGUCCCUGCUCACCGGCCUCGCCGGCCGUGGCUUCCAGCUCCCAUCACCUGGCGCCGCCCUCGCCCACCACCCACCACCACCCCCAUGGCCUGGCCUCGCCCACUCCCUCUGGAUCCUCGGGGAGUUCCCUUUCGCCCCGCGAGAACGGCGCCUCGCACUCGCACUCCCAUCAUGGCGGCUGUCCCAGUGGCUGCUCCGGUGCCGUGCCGAGGAAGCCGCUGCACGCGCUCACCAACUGCUCCCCCGCACCCGCCCCCGCCUCCGGCUCCUCCUCCAGCGGCAGUGGCCACAGUGCGGGGGGCGGGAGCGGAACCAGCGGCAUGAUGACGCCCACGCACACGUACCCGGGUCGCAGGCACGUGAAGAACCGACUGAUGGACAUCCAGAACCGCCUGCCGCCCAUCAAGGAGUUCCGCAGUCCGGCCAAGGUGCCGCAUCCCUCGCCGGUGCACGUCAGCAAUCCCAGAUUUCGCUACUCCACUUACACCAAGUCCAGUGCCCACGAGCUGGCUCCGCUGCUUAGGGAGUCCGGAUCGCCGCCGCCACGUCGACCCAGUCCGAUGAACAUCCAGCUCAGCUGCUCCCCACUGGCCCCGCCCCCUUUGAAGGCGGGCGGGGCAAGGAUCUGCCCGCUGACCUCGAAGAACUCGCUGCCCAAAAACGCUUACGUGAUGCCCAAGGACAAGAAGCCGCCAGCUUCUGCUCCGCAGGGGAAAGCAACUGGCACUGCCGCCAAGUCGACUCCACAGGGAGCGGGCUGCUCGAGGGCCUCUGCAGGAUGUGCGGCUGCCAGUUCAGGAUCAGCAGGUCCUGGACCAGCCGCCCAUCCCAAGCCCACGUCAAGCUCUUCCAGUCGCAGUUUUCCGCUUUUCUCCGCCGCCAGCAAUCAGAGAGAGAAGGCUGACAAUAAGAAGAACGAGUCCGUUGAGCGCAAGAAGAAGGAGGAGAAGAUCAAGCUGAAGGCCGAGAAGGAAGCCAGGAAGGAGGAGAAGCGAAUGGCCAAGGAGGAGGAGCGUCAGGCCAAGCUGCACGCCAAGGAGGAGAAGAAGCGGGGCAAGAAGGAGGCCAAGGAGCUGCUGUUGGCCAACGAUGGGAACAGCAAGAAGUGAAGGGGGUGGAACCCGAUUAGCCAGCAAAAACGCAUAUUUCCAGUUGCAAUUCUAGCCCUAAGAACAUCACCAAGUAUCCAAGCCCGUACUAUAUCAGAUCGAACCGGAUCGAAUUAGAUCGCCAUCUCUCACCACUCAACAUCCCCACAUGAAACGAGCUUGAUUGUAUUUUUAGGAUAAUAUUUUGUCAGUUAGCCAUUAAUCGUUUCUAUAAGUUUAUAACCGAAAAGGAAAAUAGCAAAGCCAAAUAUAAAAAAAGGAAUAUCUAAAACAACAGAUAUCUCCCUACAACUCCUUAAGAAUUAACAUCCUGCACAAGUCUCAAUAUGAUUUUCUUCCAUUUCAAUAAAGAUUUCACCAUAAUUUGGUAUGGAAAGCCAUAUUUUAAAUACUUUACUGUCCAGAACUCUACUAAUAUUUUAUAAAUUUCAACUGUAUUAAAAAUGUUUAAUUGGUUUAAUUAAAGAGACGCUUACUUUUCUUCUUUUAAGCUUUCCGAAAAUCAUGCCAAUCCUUUGUAUAAACGAUAAACCUUUGGCAGAAUCGGACACAUCCACUUGAUCUUAGCUUUCAUUUCCCAUUUAGUUUUAAGCUAAAACUUCCAUUUAUUUUUCCCUUGGUUUACUGACCACUUUCAUAACUCUUCACAGUCUAGAGAUAUGAUAAGAGUAAGACGAUAUCGCUGCCUUUCGUUCGACAUUGCCUCAGUCUCAGCUCAUCUGUCUCAUUAUCAAGUUAAAGGUUGUUGAAACGAUUUCAAUUUGAACAGAUUCCGAUGGAAAUAUCCGUACUAGACCUUUUUACCUUCAAUUUUCCAAAUACUAGACUACUAACAAGAUACCCCUAAUUAGAGAGAACCUCAUCUCGAGAUAUAGAACCAUGACCACAUCAAGGCAAGCCAAUGUUAGAGCCAAGCUUUAGCAAACGUAAGCCCGAAUCCGGAUAUAUUAAUAGAUAUGUACUACCAGUAUGUUAACAUGUUGACUAACAAAUUAUAAAAGACGAGAGCAUAUUAAAGUAGUUUUCAUAUACCCCUCUAUAUAUAUUAUAUAUAUCUGUAACUAAAUCUAUAGAUUCCAUACCUAUAUUGGAAACUGUUCAAGCGGCAAACAUAAGCAAUGUUUCGAUGUAUGUAUGUGUAUAUGUGUUACCAGGAUUGUUUUAAAAACAGAAAAAGAUAUCCCGCAAAAGGGGAGCAAAUAAGCCCAAUAAAGAAUCAAUUAUGUUA